CUGGCUUAUCCAAUUCUGGUCUGUGUUGUCACGGCAACAUUUCACAUCCCUGAACUUUUGUUUAUCUCUGAGCAGGGGCUGGCAACCAUUCGGCCCCUCAAAGGAUAUACUAGGUGGAAGACUCAGGAUGAGGCUACCUGGGACAGGCCUCCUAGGUACGCUCCUGGCCACGGAUCAGGACGCACAUGAGUCAAAGGUCUCUCCUGCCGGGAAGAAGACCGAGGCUUAGCAGAAAGCCGAGGCCACCGCGAAGGAGGCCAAGUUUCACACCUGGCUCAGAAGGGGAAACUGGGCACAGCUGGGACAAACGACAGAAGAGCAAAAGUCCAGGGUCCACGCUGGAGCCCCGCCCAUCAGGGCCCGCCCCUUGAGCAGGGCUCAUUCUGACCUCUCAGCACCUCCGGGCUCUGCCAGGGCCCGCCCUUCUCUGAAGUCAUUGGUUGGCUUUUAGUCCCCGCCCCCGGAAGACCUGCUUUUUUGCAGCCAAUCGGCGGGCGCAGUGGCGGUGGAGCCUGGGAACGAGUUAAGAGAGAAAAUGAGGCAGAAGGAAGUCUUAGCCAAGACCUUCCAAGGCCCAGCUGUUGUCUGUAGGACUUCAAACAGCCACGUUUACAUGUUCAAGAAUGACAGCGGGGACUCCGGGGACUCUUCUGAGGAAGAGUCACAUCAGGUGAUGUUACGACCCCGGGGCAAGGAACGCCUGAAGAACAGCCACCAACCACCAGGAACAGGCAACACGGUUCUGCUGCAGCGGGAGCUGGCCCAGGAAGACAGUCUUAACAAGCUGGCUCUCCAGUAUGGCUGCAAAGUUGCAGAUAUCAAGAAAGCGAACAACUUCAUCAGAGAGCAAGACCUGUAUGCUUUGAAGUCAAUCAAGAUUCCGGUGAGAAAUCAUGGGAUCCUCACGGAGACCCACCAAGAACUAAGGCCCCUUGGGGCCUCAUCCUCCGAAACCAGGGUGACCUUGGUAGAACUGCCUGAAGAUGAAGAUGCCCUUGAGGCAACCCCUCAGAGCAACCAGCUGACAGACUUCUUCAAAGGCAUUGAUGAGAACAUUGAGCGGGCUGUGCAGUCUGACGUCUUCCACAGUGACAGCUGCUGUGUGGAGGCCCCAGAUGAGCCGCUGCUCCCCAUAACCCGGAAGCCAGCGGCCGAUGGUGCAGACUGUGGGAUUCAGUGGUGGAAUGCUGUCUUCCUUAUGCUGCUCAUUGGGAUCGUGUUGCCAGUGUUCUAUCUCGUCUACUUUAAAAUACAGGCCACCGGGGAGGCCUCAAAUAGCUUGAACGCAACUGUUGUCCCCAAUGGCUCGAUGACACUGAGCCCAGUUCCAGGGCAAGCCCCCAGGUUGGCAGUUCCGGUGCCUACCCUCCCCACUUCAGACAACCAGGUCAGCCCUACCACCCAGGCAGGGGCCUAAGCUCAUUCUUUUCUAGAGUUGGCAGGCUUCAGCAAUUGGCCCUUGAUGUGUGUAACUGUCACCAACUCUUUGCAGAAGGUGUUGCAUUUUGCUUCCUGAGAUGUGCGGACGCCAUGGCAGUCUAGAUUGUAUAGACUGAGGAAUGGCUUGGCCUAACUCAAGGAUGCAGGAGCCCAGACAGCCACUGUCCCGGCAAGAGAAACAUUUACAUGAAAUGCAUGGCCCUUUCUUGAAGACAUGUAGGGGCUGGCUGCGAGUUCCUGUACAGCCAUUCUGUGCAGGCUCCUAAGUAGACUGUGACAAGGCAUCUGCGCUAUUGCUGUCCCAGGUGUUGGAUGGGGUCAAAUGACUGUCACAGUGUCCCUGCCUGCUAAGGGGAAAGGUGGGCUCAGAGACAUGCCCUGUGUCUACAUCAAGGUGCUAAAUAGUAUGUCACUGAGUUUGUUACAGUUGACAGCCUGACAUGUUUGCCUCUUAUUUGGCCCCACUGCGGCAACGAGAGCCCCACAUCCAAACCUCCAUCCUUUGAUUUAAGCCAUACCUCCAGAGUCACAUGAGGAGCAUCUCUGUGGUGGCUCCCUGGAUUGUCCCAGUUGGCAUCUGGGAAACAGCUGGUAUUGGCAAGUGUUUUGAAGGGACUACAUCCACCAUUAGGGUUCUAUCAUAUGGGUCUUUGAAGCAAACUUGUCAAGAACAGUGGGUCCCACCCCAACCCCUACCAUGUGCUCCCAAAGCAGAGUUCUUCAUGCUGCCUCCUUGACUCAUCUAUUCUCUGGGUCCUUAGAGUAAACUUGCAGAUACUGUGUCUCAGUGUUAAGACCAGACACAAUGUCAGUUUCCUGUAACAAAAUAAUCUCCAGUGGGAAGGUUUAUCUUGGCUCAUAGUUUCCAUCCAUGACCUGAAUUGGGAGGGGAGGUUAUGGUAAGAACACUAUGGAGGAGUAUGUGUGGUAGAACAGAUUAUUCAUAUGACAGGGAAGAGAGAAGGGGAGACGAGGAGCUUGGGUGCAGGCAUCACCUUCAAAGUUCUGCCUGCAGUGACCUAACUUCCUCCCACUAGGCCCCAUUUCUUAAAGGAUCCACUCCUUCCCAACACUGAAAUGAGGACCAAGCCUUUAAGAUAUUUGCCUUUGGGGGACAUAUCCAAACCCCACCAAAGUAACUCUGUGAAAGGCUGGAAAGAGAGGCAGGAGGGUGCAAAAGGCUCAAGGUUUCCUCAGCGGCUCCCUGAGGGCAGCUGGCCAUCAGCGUCCUGUAACCUGUGUGGGAGGAAGGGAUAAGUCAGAUUGCCUUGUCAUAGCAGGGACAGGCAGAGGUGGCUGCGAGCUCAGCCUCCAGGCCGACAGGCUAGCAGGCUUCUGGGAUGGUUACCAAGUUGACACUUAGGCUUAGAAAUCUGACCAGAGGAGCAGGAUAGUACUGGAGCUGGGCCUCCUGUCUGAAAAAUAAUCCACCCAGAGUGCAAAUAACAAAUUUAAAUCGUCUUCAGAAUUGAGUAUUUUGAGGCCAAAAGUGAGCCCAUGAAUCCUGGUAAUAAACAUCUCGAUUAUGUAUGUGAUUUCUGUCUGGAUGCUCAAGACCGUUGUGGCUGUGAAGUUUCUCUUAAUUGUUGUCAUCAUUAACUUCAUCAGGCAGGGCUCAGAUCCCCAUGGGAAAAUAAUUUUGGCAGACAGAGAAUGUCUAUAUUUUUUUGUAUUCUGUCUCAAGUGUUGGGGACUUGUUACUGCCUGUAUAGAUUCCUAAGUAGAACAUGACAAGGGAUCUUCAAUGUCGGGGCUCCUGGGGUUGAAGGGGGUCAAAUGACUGUCACAGUGUCCCUGCCAGCUGAGGGCAGGGGUGGGCUUGGCUCAGAGAUGUGUGUUCUGUGUCUAGGCAGACCACGGUGCUACGCAAUAGUAUCAGUAUAUCACUGAGUUUUAACAUGUUACACUUUUAACUUGUAUUCCUGUAUUUUUCUCAAGUGGAAUAAAAUAAUUUCUUCUGUGAAGGAAA